UGUUACCGUCUUACCCAUCACCGCUCGCCUUGAGCCGCCACCACCCUGUAUACAAUUUGCUCAGUACCGUUUCGGCUACUUACCGGUACGGAAUAUUUUACCAGUACAGUACCGUUAAGGCUAGUACCAGAACUUGUCCACCAGUCCGUGAGCCGCGCUGCACUUGGCAGAACAAGGCGCUGGCCGUGAGGGACAGUGAGUGGUGGAGAUGAAGAUACCGAUAAUAGUGAUAUCUAGAGUAGCGAAGAGAAUAUUGUGUGUGUAGCCUCUCAGUAAUCAGAGGUUAACUAUUUAUACAUGGUUGAGGACAGUGGAGUGUGAGUGCCUGCUAGUGACACGGGACAACCGCCGCCGAGCAGUCUUUGGCUAACUGACGUGUGAGGGACAGGAGGAGGGGCCAGUCAGUCACGUGAGGCUGUGGUGUCUCGUCUGUGUGGCUGAGACAAGAGAGGAGAGCCAGAGACGAGAGACGUACUCGGAAAGACAACCAGGAGGGAGGGAAGAUAAAGAAGAUCCAGACAGACACGUAAGAGUUAAGGAGAGAGACUGAAGGCACGUAUUUAAGGAUUAAGAGAAAGCAAGACAGUCUGGGAUGUGUAUGUGUGACUGAGACAAGCUUUAUGUUCACCACCACCACCACUACCACCACUAUUAUUACCGUGUUGUGUGAGCUGCUCUAAUCUUCUGUGUCUGUUCUACCUCCAUCGGCACCAUGUGGAACAUCAUCACCAUCAAGGGCAUUGUGCUUGUGGUGAUGUUCAUCAUCACCUUCGUGUGUUCCAUGCUGCCCGUCUUGUUUGUGCGACACAUCAGAGAGACACAUGACUCAGGCCGGAGGUCAAGGUACCAGGUGCUGCUCAGCCUCAUGUCCUGCUCUGCUGGUGGAGUCUUCAUGGGUACCUGCAUCCUGGACCUCUUCCCUGAUGUGCAGCAGCAACUGGACCUCCUGAUGGACCAGAACUUUGCCACCCAGUCUUACCCUGUCGCUGAGUUCAUUGUGGUGUUUGGCUUCCUGCUCGUCCUCACCAUGGAGCAGAUUGUCCUGGAUUAUAAGGAACAGAGCCUUCUUAACCAGCCGCCUGAGGCUCAGGCGCUGCUGAGUGAGCCAAUGGAGCAGCGGCGCACACUUGUGCAGCAACACAGUCUGAGCGGCAUCACAGAUCAGCCAGACCUGACAGCCUCUAUCAGGAGUGAAACGGGGUCCUUGAGUGGGGCAAGCCAGGGCUACAACACUGCUGCUGACCACUGUGGCCCUGAGCACGCAGGGGCUCACAGCCACAACAUUUUUGACCACUCUGUCCACCAUGACAUUGCCUCCCACUCCUCCCUGCGCUCACUCCUCCUGCUGUUUGCAUUGUCACUCCAUUCGGUGUUUGAGGGGCUGGCAGUGGGACUGCAGGGGACCAUUGACGAUGUGGUCAGUUUAUUUCUUGUGGUCAUUUUCCACAAGGGAAUCAUUUCCUUCUCACUGGGACUAAACAUGGUCCAGUCAAAGCUGUCAGUCACACAGAUGCUGAUGGGCAAUAUGUUCUUCUGCAUCACUGCCCCACUCGGCCUGGGUCUGGGGAUGGGAAUCACAGAGAUGCAGGCCAGCUUCACCACGGCAGCUGUUUCAGGGACACUUCAGGGCAUUGCCUGUGGCACCUUCCUUUAUGUUACAUUCUUUGAGGUCCUGCCUCAUGAGAUGAACAGUGGUGAGAACAGACUGCUCAAACUGCUGUUCAUCAUCUUGGGCUUCUCCGCGGUGUGUGGUGUUCUGUACUUGGAUCCAGACAUCAAGCGGCCCCGCUGCUUCCAGGAGCCUCUGCCAGCGGGUCCCACAUAAUGCUCAGGUGGUGAGAGAGAGAGCAGGCUUUAUUGUGGCGUGGGCUGUGAGGUGAGGCAUGUGUAGCCAUGCUAGGUUGCCAGUUUGAGAGUUGUGUGUGUCAGUACAAGCUGGUUGUGUAUUAGUGUGACUGGUUUAUGGUGAUAUGCUGCUAGGUUGCCAGUUUGAGAGUUGUGCAUGUCAGUACAAGCUGGUUGUGCAUUAGAUAUUUUGUAUGAUGAAGUAUGACUAGGUAAUAUUUUGCCACCAGAAAGAAAGGCAAGUUAUUUGAAUUAGAGCACUUACCAAUAUGCUGGGGGAUGAGGAACAUUAUGAAGACAAAAUACUCAAAUUGAGAGUUUUGGGUUGGAGUAGCUGAGAGAUGUAGGAAGUAAAGAGGUCCUUCUGUUAAUUUUUUCCUAAUCUCAUUUUUCUUAUACUUUAUGCUAAAAAUCUGCCUCAAAAUAAGCAGUGGAAAAACUCCAUCUCUUGAGCUGGGCAUUUGGACUCAGCAUUAAUACAGCUGCAGUAUUGCUAAUGUUUAGUGAUGCCAGCUGGAGCAUUGCUUGCUGGUGAGGGCAGAGACAAAGAAUCUCAUCUUUAUAGUGCUGUACUCCAUCAUCAGCCCUCCUCCCUCUUCUCAAGUUAGCCAAAGUAAUACUGUGUAUAUAUAUAUAUAUAUAUAUAUAUAUAUAUAUAUAUAUAUAUAUAUAUAUAUAUAUAUAUAUAUAUAUAUAUAUAUAUAUAGAGGACAUAUUUUAAUUUUUUUAAUGGAUGUUUUUAUUGUAAUAUAUUCUUGAUGGUUUUAUUAUGUAAGUAUGAUUUUAUGUUGAUGCAAUAUCCAGUGAUUAGCAGUAAUGAACAGCAUUUAUUCCCCAUGUUGGCUGCCCUUCUGCCUGUGUGUGUCCUUCCACCUUUGUGAAAACAUCUUAUGCAAAAUCAGUUUGUCAAGUUCUUCAUAAUUGUGAACUAUUCAUUCCAGUAAGUAUAGUAGACUUGCCUUGCUGUUGAAGUUUUUUUUUUUUUUUUUUGUUAUUUACCAUGGUGAUAUAUUUUAUUUUCUCAUGCAGGGCUGUUUCUAGCUAUAGGAAGACUAGGCAAUUGCCUAGGGCCUCCAAGCCAUCAAGGGACACCCAGGGUAGCUUGGAAAGUUGAAAUCUAGGUCCCCCAAAGAGCAUCUUGCUUAGGGCCCCUACAAAGCUAGAAACGGCCCUGUUCUCAUGACAAUGGUGGCAUUGAUCUUCCAUAUUCCCACAACAGGUCAGGAAUCUGUCUUCCAAAAGCACAUUUAUUUUAUAGUCGUAUGUGAUGCAUCUUGAUUAUAUUUGUCAUUGUAUGAAAUAUUUUCUCAAAUAAACCAUACACCAUAUCUC